AUGGCUAAACCAUUGGUCCCAAUUGUAGAAAACAAGAAUAUUCCAUAUUCUAUUAAAAAAUAUCAAACCAAAAGAUUAAAUUUGUAUGAAAAAAGCAGUGAAAAUAUUCUACUAUUUUGA